AUGCAACCGACUAUGCAACAGACAAUGGCUGGUAAUGCCUCCCAGUCUUUGAGCUAUAAGGUUUUGAGUGAAUUCCUCGAUUUCUCAGAUGAGGAGCAGAAACUCUGGUGGCACAGUUGCGCGCCGAUGUUUGCAGAGAUGCUGCAAAUGGCGGGAUAUGACCUGCACGAUCAAUAUAGAUUCUUGGGAAUGUGGAAGAAGGCCGUCAUUCCCUUUCUGGGGCCUUAUCACACCAACAGUCGUGAUCGGUGGCUGAGCAUCCUCACUCGGUAUGGAACGCCAUUCGAGCUGAGUUUGAAUUGUUCUCAUGAACUAGUACGAUACACAUUCGAACCUAUCAAUGCGGCCACUGGAACAGCAUCAGACCCAUAUAAUACGCAUGCAAUCUGGGAGAGUCUUGCAAAAUUGUUACCUCUCCAGAAAGACAUUGAUCCCCAGUGCCUUGAGCAUUAUAAGGGCGACCUCACUCUCAAUAAAGACGAAUCGGAAUUCUUGUCCAAAAACGGCCUUGUUGGAGGUGCAAUCAAAACCCAGAAUAAACUGGCACUCGAUCUAAAGCCAGGCGGCCAAUUUGUUUUGAAAGUGUAUAUUUAUCCUGAGCUAAAGUCUAUUGCAACGGGCCGAUCUAUUGAGUCACUUAUGUUUGAGUCUGUUCGUCGCCAAUCACGGCUUUUCCCAAGUCUCCUCAAGCCCCUCUCUGUGCUAGAAGAAUAUGUUCAAUCUCGAGGAAGUAAUAGUACAGCCACCGCGCGGCUGCUCUCCUGUGAUCUCGUCAGCGCGGAGAAGUCUCGAACCAAGCUUUAUUUGCUCGAACGUAUGGUUUCUCUUGAAGCAAUGGAGGAUCUUUGGACACUCGGGGGUCGUCGCCAGGAUGCUAACGCUAUGGCCGGGUUGCGCCUGAUUCGCGAACUGUGGGAUCUUCUUCAUUUCCCAUCCGGAAAACUUGCUUACCCAGAGGAAUAUUUGCCCCUUGGAACCCGCCCUGACGAACAGCUCCCCCUUAUGGCAAAUUACACUUUGCACCCCGAUGAAGAUAUGCCAGAGCCGCAGGUCUAUUUCACAACGUUUGGCAUGAAUGAUAUGAAAGUAACCGAUGCUUUAAUCGAGUUUUUCCAAAGACAGGGAUGGGACAGAAUGGCAGAGACUUACAAAGACAGUCUCAUUUCAUACUAUCCGCAUGAGAACCACGAGGAUGUAAACUAUAUUCAUGCGUAUAUUUCAUUCUCUUACCGGAAGCAGAAGCCCUACCUGAGCGUCUACCUUCAGUCAUUUGAAACGGGAGAUUGGCCACUGUUGCAAAUGCCCAUCCCCGUAAACAACGGCAAGCCCAUCUGCUUGGAGCAGCCGAUUACACCCCUCGAGGUUGAUUCAAAGCUGGCGAGUGGUUACCAGGUGCCUGUAGCAGAGGUGCGGAAUUAG